AUGGGAAAAGACGACAACGACGACAAGAAGGGCUUCCUGGGGUCUCUGUGGAGCAACGACGAUAAGACCGGCCGAUCGGACCACCAGUCUAUCGACGACUUCUUUGAGCAGUGCAAGAAGCACCUCGACCAGAUCCACAGUCAUACCACCUCUGUGGCUGACUACACCAAGGACCUGGCUGACCAGAUCCCCAACUUUAGCGCCGAAUGGGAGAAGGCCAAGGAUACAGACUGGACCGGCUGGCUCAAGCGGCUGCCUCCGUGGAACGACUCCCAGUUGACCCACGAUAUCCAGGAGUCCGGUACUGGGCGUGGCGACCUGUGGUCCACCAUUCUGACCACUCUCAACAACCGAGAUAACGUAUACAAGGAUCUGAUCCCCCAGACCCCCGUUCUUGCCCGGUACUUUAAUGGUUACCGAGUUCUUGACCGACUUGUCAACACCAACCCCAACCUUGCUGGAGCUAUCCCCACCAAGGAGAUGAACGACGAGUGUGCCGAUGUCGGUGGAACUGGUGCCUGGGACGUUGGUGGAGUGUGGCGAUGUCUGUUCAUGAAGAAGCAGGACCCCCAGCACAGCCAGAACGAGAAGAUGUUCCUCAAGUACGACGACUUCAUCGACUGGCGAAAGCAGAUGAUUGACCAGAUCCGAGAGAAGGAGGUGGCCUCGGACAAGGAGCGACGCGACAAGCUGCGUGCCGCCCGAAGCAAGUGGGAGGAGGACCGAAAGUCGAGAAUGAUCACCGAGAAGGAGGCCAAGGAUCAGGGUCUGACCGUCACCCGACAUUCUCACCAGACUGAGAUGUACUACGACCACGCUAGCCGAGAGUGGGUCAAGCAGGACACCAUUCGAAAGUUCUACAACAACGGCACCGAGUCCGAGAUCGUCAAGGAGUCUCGGGAUCCUAUUGGCAAGUAG